AUGUGGAAAGUUACAUUGAUUGCCUCCCUUUGCCUCUUUGCACAGGCUUUUGCCUUCAGCCCGCUGCAUCAGACUCGAAGCGAUGGAAUUCAAUUUCCUUCUGCGCAAUUGGAAACUCCAGAGAACCACCCAUUGACAUCAGCACGAUUUCCCAAUGCAUUGAUUCCUUCCCUGGCUGGUUUGUCCACUGGUCUCGUUGGUUUUGUCACCAAGGUCUUGGCCGAAGAAGACUACGAACUCGCCGAACUUCCACCUCCCUAUAUUCCUGCCCUAUUUGGCGUUGUCCUUAUUGCUGGAGUUGGAGUUUUGACUGCCAGUCUUGGAGAUGUCAUGACUGAAGAGGCAUCCCUUGGAAUGCAAAGUGGAGCACAAGCAAAGAAGGAGAUUGAACGUAGCCGCUCAUCGUAUUUCAAGCGAUAG